CCGCCGCUGCCGGCGCCGCUCCUCCUCCGUGUCAGUUGUUGGGCUGUAAUGGCGACUGGGCCGCCACUGCCGAAGUGACUCCCGGGUGGGGGAGCGGGGCCAGACCUGCGCCAGAGGGAACUGCAGAGAGCCGCAGCUCAGGGGCCGGCUUGCUGUGGGGGAGGGGAGGCAGCCUUUCCGCCUCUCCUUCCGUCUCUGCAGACCCGCGGCUCCCGGGAGCCGGUGCGAGGCGGGCACCCGGUGUGUCCCCGGCGCAGGGAGGCCAGGCCGGGCAGCCCUGGGGCCGGUCGGGGCGGCGUCACUGUACCCUCCGCCAGGCCCCGCGGGAUGCACCGUGGGAGCCGAGGGCGGAGGCGACACUCUCAGGUAAAUUGGCAGGAUGAGGAGCAGCAAAUCAAAAGAGGUGCCUUUACCAAAUCCAAGGAACUCUCAAAGGAAGGAUACUGUUCAAGAUAUAACCACAUCGUGGGAUGCACUUUCUCAGACCAAGGCUGCUCUGAGACACAUUGAAAACAAGUUAGAAGUAACCCCUACAAGUACAGCUGUGUUCGACUCUGUCAUGGAUGCCAAGAAACCUUCUGCAAGUGCUGUCCGAAAGAUAAGUAGAAAAGAUGUUAGGUACUUGGAUGAUUCUUGGCUUAACGCUCCAGUCUCUAAAUCUUCUAAAUCACGGAAGGAGAAAUCCCGCAGUCCUCUCAGAGUUACCACCCUGGAGAGUAACGUGAAGAAAAAUAAUCGUGUGGAAUUCCGAGAACCUUUGGCUUCUUACAGGGAAAUUCAUGGCCUACCUUCCAAUAUAAGCCCCAGCCCUUUAGAGUCCAAGCAUGUAUAUUGUGUGGAUGUUAAUGAAGAAAAGCCUGAGAGUGGGAAUCGGAUGGUAAGCAAUCGAGAAGAACGAAAUAUACGUUGCUGUGAUUUUGAAAGUUCCCAAUCAUCUGUCAUCAAUGAUACUGUUGUUAGGUUUUUAAAUGAUCGACCAGCAAUUGAUGCAUUGCAAAAUUCUGAGAGUUUGAUUAAGAUGGCAGCUCCUGUGAGAACUGAGGAAGAAAAGCCUAAUAGGACAAAAGGAAAUGAGAACAAUCUGAAGGCUUCUGUCAGUAACUCAGGCCAUGAUGUCGAUCCGAAAGUGUUACAGCUGGCUGACUCUUCUCCCUCUUCUACUAGUACUUCUAAUUCCCAAAGAUUAGAUAUCUUAAAGAGGCGACAACAUGAUGUCAAACUGGAAAAACUCAAGGAGCGGAUUAGGAAACAGUGGGAACACUCAGAAGAAACAAGUGGCCGGGGCCAGAAUCUGGGUCACGUUGACCACCCAGUAAUGGUUGUUAAUGUUGAUAGCUCAGUGACCGCGAAAGUCAGGAAAGUGGCAACAGCACCGCCUGCUCCUGUGUAUAAAGGUUUCAAUCCUUCAGAGACCAGGAUUCGAACACCCGAUGGCAAAGUGUGGCAAGAGGCCGAGUUUCAAAACAUGAGCAGAGAACUGUAUCGAGACUUAGCACUUCACUUUGCAGAUGAUAUCUCUGUGAAAGAGAAACCUGCUGAAAAAAGUAAAGAGAAGAAAGCGGUCAAGCCAGUACGAAAAGUCCAAAAGGUAGCACAAUUUUCAAGUCCAGAAUGCAAAACAGUGCUGUGUCUUGGAUGUUUUGAGCAAGGUGGCAGUCGUCUGAUCAGUACGUCUUCUUGGCGAGAUGGACAAAAAUUAGUGAAGAAGAUUCUGGGACCUGCACCCAAAAUGGAGCAAAGAGAGCGAAGAACAGCAUCAAGUGACAGAAGUGGAAGAGAAAGAACUACUAAAUCUGGGGGUCAUAUUGGAAGAGCAGAAUCUGAUCCCAGAUUGGAUAUUUCACAUAGACAUCUUCCACGAAACUCAGAGCGUUCAAGAAGUAGAGCACGGUCUGAAAAUAAUAUAAAGAAAUUAGCCCCGCCUCUUCCAGAUAAUAAACAGGAGGAAGAUAUUGCCUUAAAUAAGGACUUUUUACCUGUUGAAAUUCGUGGAAUUCUUGAUGACCUGCAGCUUGAGUCGGCAGCUCAGGCUUCAAGACAAGAGACCAGAGAGUUACAGAGUCAGAAGUCGUCAGCAGCAGUACAGGCCCCGAGGAGUCAUAGCCCAGUAAAAAGAAAACCUGACAAAAUCACUGCUAACGAAGAUCCUCCUGUUAUUUCUAAAAAGCGCCACUAUGACACAGAUGAGGUACGGCAGUACAUUGUUAGACAGCAGGAGGAAAGGAAGAGGAAGCAAAACGAAGAGAAGAAGGCUCAAAAAGAGGCCACUGAGCAGAAGAACAAACGAUUACAGGAGCUCUACCGGAAACAGAAAGAAGCCUUUACUAAAAUAAAAAAUGUGCCUCCUCCUGAGCCAUCAGCAACCAGGCGACUGCAGGAAACUUACUCCAAAUUGCUCCUGGAAAAAACGUUGCUCGAGGAGCCGACACAUCGUGUUAUGCAGGAAACACAGACCAGACCAGGGUAUCAGCCAUCUGGAGAAUCUGACAAAGAAAACAAAGUGCAGGAGCGUCCCCCAAGUGCGUCUUCCAGCAGUGACAUGUCUCUGUCAGAACCUCCACAGCCUCUUGCAAGAAGGGACUUGAUGGAACCGGCGUGGAUGCAGCCUGACAGACUGAGCCCACGAGUCCACCAUUCUCAGCCACAGCCUCUUGUUGGAACAGCUGGAAAUUUACUCUCCCAUCUCUUGAGUCUAGAGCAGGCAGGGUUUUUGCAUAAGGAUUUUGAAUCUAUUUUACCAACCAGGAAGAACCAUAAUAUUGCUUCAGGGCCAUUAACUUUUACACCUCAACCAUAUCUGACCUCACCAGCUGCUCAUCCAGAUGCCUUGUUAAAACCUAGUGCCAGCCAAUAUAAGAGUAAACUGGAUCGUAUCGAAGCCUUGAAAGCAACAGCUGCUUCUUUGUCCAGCAGGAUUGAAAGUGAAGCCAAGAAAUUAGCUGGGGCUAACAUUAAUUAUGGGUCAGUAUGGAACACUGAGUAUGAUGUGCAGCAGACACCCCAAGAAGAUGGGCCUUGGACCAAGGCUCUGAGUCCACCUGUGAAAGAGGAUACCGAAGAUGUUUUCUCUGCCCGCAUUCAAAAGAUGUUGGGAACCUGUGUAUCUCAUGCAACUUUCAAUGAUGAACUUCCUGGAAUAGGCAAUCUUAGUGAAUUUAAAAAGCUUCCUGAGAUGAUAAGACCUCAUAGUGCCAUAUCAAGCUUCAGAAUGAGAUCCCCUGGCCCUAAACCAGAAGGGCUGCUGGCACAGUUGUGUAAGAAGCAGGCUGACUCUUCUAGCUCUGACCUGCAAGCUUGUUCCCAAGACAAAGCCAAAAUGUCCCUUGGGUCCAGCAUAGACUCUGUCAGUGAAGGGCCUCUUCUUAGUGAGGGGAGUCUCUCUGAAGAAGAGGGGGGCCGAGAUGGACAACCCCCUUUGAAGAUAGCAGAAAUCUUAAAAGAAAAGGAAUUUUGUGCUGGAGAAAGAAAUGCUUAUGAAUGCAUCAAAGAGUUUCAGAAGGAAGCUGAAAAAUUCUUGCCGCUUCCGGGGCACUUAGGUGGUACACAAAGCAAAGGACCAUGGAAAGAAUUGGCAAAGGGAAGCCCGCAUAGUGUCAUUAACAUUUUUACAAAAUCAUAUCAGUUAUAUGGAAAAGGGUUUGAAGACUCAUCGGAAAGGGGGACCUGUGCCCCGAGGCCUGUGAACGCCAGCACGGCCCCUCUAAGCAGUGUUUCCUACGAAGAUGAUUUCGUGUCCUCUCCAGGGAGUGGGACUUUGACAGAAAAAAAGUCAGCUCCUGAACCGUGUACUGGUGGUAGCAUUUUGGGCAUGAAGGAGGACCAUUCUAGCAGGAAGUCUGCUUACGAUCUUUCCUCUGUGGAUGUCACCUCCCAGCAUUCAUCAGGGGCACAGUCUGCUGCAUCAUCUCGUUCAUCUACUUCUUCCAAAGGAAGAAGAGGAAAAAAGGAAAAGACAGAAUGGCUGGAAUCACUCCCUGGAAAUGUUCAGAGCUCGCUUCUCGAUGAGGAAAAAGUGCUCUCCGGCUCAGAGCGCGGCUCUCAUCGCGGGAAGAAACCCGAGACCAGCAGCAAACCCUCUGUCCAAGUCCAGCACACUCUUGACACUGAUAGCACUUUGGAGGAUCUUUCUGGGAGUAUCUCCUCAGACAAGGGAAGAUCUCAGAAAACUCCAACUUCUCCCCUAUCUCCAAGUUCCCAGAAACUGUUACAGUUUGACCUUCCAGGAACUUCAUUAGAAAGAUCUAAGUCCUCAGUUAUAAUGCCUCCAACUCUAACAGGAUUUAAGCCUAAUGCAUCUUUUCCUGAUGUGAACAUGGCUGCCAGCAGAGCAGCUGUGGAGAUGACUUCAACACCAGGUUCACAACGCUUUUCCCCUGCUGGCCUCCAGCAUCGCAUGGCAGCUGAACUGAGUUACUUGAGUGCCAUUGAGGAGUCUGUGCGCCAGCUCUCGGACAUAGAAAGGGUGCGAGGCAUUUCGCUUGCUCAGCAAGAGAGUGUCUCUCUGGCUCAGAUCAUAAAGGCACAGCAGCAACGCCACGAAAGAGACUUGGCUCUUUUGAAACUGAAGGCUGAACAAGAGGCUCUGGAGUGUCAGCGACAGUUAGAAGAAACCCGAAACAAAGCAUCUCAGGUCCACGCAGAGUCGUUGCAGCAGGCGGUGAAAUCACAGCGGGAUGUGACUGAAGUCCUGCAGGAAGUAACUUGUAAAAUAGCUGCUCAGCAUACUGAGGCUGCACGCCUCACCACGGACGCAGCGCGCCAGAUCUGCGAGAUGGCAGAGUUGACUCGAACUCACAUCUCAGAUGCCAUUGCUGCUUCUGGAGCUCCCCUAGCAACACUGUAUGACCACCAACGGCAACAUGCUCCAGACUUCGAGAAACAGCUGAGGACCAGAGCUGAAACAGACAGGAAAAGUCAAUCUAUUUUACUCUCUCACAGUAAAGAAGGGACCCCUGACUCAAAGCACCAGAAAUACUCUCCUUCAUAUGAUAGUUUUUCUGAGUCUUCGAGGUACAAGAAUCACGACAGAAGAAGUAGUAGUGGUAGCAGCCGUCAGGAGAGUCCUUCAGUUCCAUCUUCUAAGGAGAAUGAGAAGAAACUUCACAGUGGAAAGAUGGAGAGUUCUGCUGAUGAACAGGCUCGGACGGCUGCGGGUGAUUCUCUGCGCAGUGACAGUGUGCCGUCUCUUCCCGACGAGAAGGAUUCUGCUUCUAUUGCAACAGAAUAUUCCCUGAAAUUUGAUGAAUCCAUGACCGAAGAUGAAAUAGAAGAAAAGUCAUUUCGAUCUCUACUCCCAUCUGAGAGCCAUCGCAGAUUUAACAUGGAGAAGAAGAGAGGCCACCAGGACGACUCUGAUGAAGAGACCUCCCCGGAAAAGACUACGUUGUCUUCUGCCAAGGAGCUGAGCAUGCCAUUCUCAGGCGGACAAGAUAGCUUCUCUAAGUUUACUAUGGAGAUGGUCCGACAGUACAUGAAGGAAGAGGAGAUGAGGGCGGCUCACCAGUCCUCGCUCCUGCGGCUCCGGGAGAAAGCCUUGAAGGAGAAAACCAAGGCUGAGUUAGCCUGGCUGGAGCACCAGAAAAAACAUCUACGAGACAAAGGAGAAGAUGAUAAAAUGCCCCCUCUUCGGAAGAAACAACGGGGUUUGCUCUUAAGGUUGCAGCAAGAAAAGGCAGAAAUUAAACGUCUGCAAGAAGCCAAUAAGGCAGCUCGGAAGGAAAGACAACUGAUUCUUAAACAGCAGGAGGAGAUAGAAAGGAUCCGACAGACCACCAUGAAACUUCAGGAGAAGUUAAAAUCUGCAGGGGAGAAUAAAUUGGACUCUCAUAGUGAUGAUGAUGCCAAGGAGAAUAAGGCAGUCAGCCCUGGCCCAACCGACCUGGAGACCCGCAGCCCUUCCCCCGUUUCCAUCUCCAGCAGCGAGACCAGCAGCAUUAUGCAGAAACUGAAGAAAAUGAGAAGCCGCAUGGAUGAAAAACACUGCUCUCCUGUUCACUACUUCUUCUCUGUCUUUACGUCUCAUCACUGGGCCUCUCUCAGUGUCUGUUUUCCCAACCUUCAUCCCAAAUUCCAGCUGUAUAUCUACAACCAGUUGGUCAGGUUUCUGACCAAGCGGGAGCAGAAACUAAUGCAGCGGCGACAGCAUGCGGAAGAGCUGCUCGAGUGGAAGCGACGCUUAGAUGCAGAGGAAGCAGAAAUUCGUCAAAUGGAGAAACAAGCUUUGGCUGCCUGGGACACAGAAUUAAUAAAGCCUAAAGCUCCGAAGAAAGAACUGGAGGAACAGAGAGCAGAACAGAAAGAAAUGACGAGCGAGGCGGACUCACCAGUCCCUUCGUACUCUCGCCUGCACAGCGAAAGUUCCAUCCCAGAAGAGUUGGCCAGCCCGGCCGCUGACUACAUGCCGUGCGAGUCCACAGCUCAGGAGCGGCCAGGUAGUCCGGACCACAGCUUACUGACCGAGGACAUGGUGUUUUCACAGGAACUGGAAUCUUCUACUUCUCUUAGUAAACACUCACCUCCCAAAAGCUGCGCAUCUGUGUCAAAGCAAGAUACUAGCAAAGGAAGUCACAGGACUGGAGGACAGUGUCGUCUCCCUGUCAAGUCCCAUCAGCCCUAUUCCAGUUGGUCAGACGAGUCAUUAUCUAUGACCCAGUCAGAAACCACGUCUGACCAGAGUGACAUCGAGGGUAGGAUCAGAGCGCUGAAGGACGAGCUGCGGAAGAGAAAGUCCGUCGUGGACCAGCUGAAGAAGGAGCAGAAGAAAAGGCAGAAGGAGAGGCUGAAAGCCCAGGAAGCCAGCCUGAUCAAACAGCUGGAGUCAUAUGACGAAUUCAUUAAGAAAACUGAAGCCGAGCUUAGCCGAGAUCUGGAAGCAUCGCCGACAGCCAAGCCCCAGAUUAAAAUGCUCUCCUCUGCUUCUGAAAAACCCAAGAUCAAGCCCCUUCCACUACACAGAUCUGAAACAGCAAAGAAUUGGAAAUCACUAACAGACUCAGAACGUUCCAGAGGAUCCCUGGAGUCUAUUGCUGAACAUGUUGAUGCUACAUUGGCAGGUUCUGAGAGAUCAGUAUCAGAAAAGUCUUUAUCUGCAUAUGCAAAGAGAGUGAUUGAAUUGGACAGUCGAACAGAAGAGCAUUUUCAUUCUUCAUCUCCAAUUCUUAGAUCAUCAAGGAAAACCAGAGCAGAAUCUGGAGAUUCUCUAGAAAAUGUACCUUCGUUACCGCUUCUCAAAGAAUUAAAUGCCCCUAAUAGAAUUCUGGAUGUGUCAGGUGCCAAGGUUGUUGAGGAAGAGGCUAGUCAAAGAUCAGAAGUGCAAGAAAUAAAAUACACAAACUUGGAGGAGAGUCCAGCUGACGAGGCCAGUUUUAAACAGUCUAGGAAGUCGGAUGUCUUACUGAAACUGGACCUGGAACAGGGCGAUUCAUCUGAAAUCCUUUCAAGGAAAGAGCUUCCUGUACACGCUACAAAUAGUCAGAGAGACUUAAUUAGAUUAGCCAUUGAAAACCUUAGUAAGAAAGAGUUGAAAGAGAGACAAUCAGACCAAGAUAUGGAUCAUAGUCAAAACAUCGAAAGAGAAAAAGAUACUCAUCAACAAGAGAACGUAAAGGAAAGGGACUUGUCUUUGUCAGAAUGGCUUUUUGCUCCUAAAGAAAGAACAUACUCAGAAGACUUUGAAGUGUCUUCUUUCAAGAAAGACAUCUCAGCUGAAUUGUGCAAAGAUGACUUUGAGGUUUCAUCUUUGCUGUCACUCAGGAAAGACUCAAAGUCUCGCAGAGAUAAGUCACAGCCCACAAGAAGCUCUAACAGUAGAGCCACUAGCUUUGGUACUGAUGAUGACAUCAGUGAGUGCCUCAGUGAGAAAAGCCUUUCUGUCCAUAGCAAUAUCCACUCCGAAAGGCUGUUAGAACUCAAGUCCCCUACUGAGCUCAUGAAAAGUAAGGAGCGCAGCGAUGUAGAGCAUGACCAGGGGGUCACCGCAUCCUCGUCUUUGGCUUCAGUUUCUGUUGCAGAUGAGUUACUUGAUUUCCACAUUGGUGAUAGGGUAUUGAUUGGCAAUGUUCAGCCCGGAACUCUUCGAUUCAAAGGCACAACUAGUUUCGCUAAAGGGUUCUGGGCAGGAGUGGAGUUGGACAAACCCGAAGGCAAUAACAAUGGAACCUAUGAUGGCGUUGCGUACUUUGUGUGUGAAGAGAAGCAUGGCAUCUUUGCUCCUCCUCAAAAAAUAUCCCACAUUCCAGAAAACUUUGAAGACUACGUAGACAUAAAUGAAGAUGAAGACUGUUACUUAGAUGAACAAUAUCACUACAAUAACCAAGAACAAAAACAUACAGAGGGCCCCACACUUGAUGGAGAAAAGGAUGCAACUGAAUAUUUGUAUGAGAAAUCUUUACCUAGUAUGCACCAUGUAGAAGCCUCAGUUGAUAGAAGCCUUAAAAUAGAAUCAGACAACGUACAGGAUGUUUCUGGGGUACUUGAAGCCCAAGUUCACCAGCAAUCUUCAGUGGAUUCACUGAUGCCUUCAAAGGAAAACAAAGACCUUAUUUCUGGUGCCACAGAAGAGGUUUCCACUGCUGCAGAAGACGAUACUUUAGACAAUACCUUUUCUGAAGAAUUAAAGAAGGCACAGGAGUUUACAGAAGAGGAGGAGAACCUGUAUCCCGAGGUUUCAGAAAAGCGUUCCACCCCAUUGCUGGACCUUCUAACAAGAGAAAAGAACCAGCUGGAAGCCCAGCUGAGGUCAUCGCUAGGUGAGGAAAAAAAGUCAAAGGAACAACUGGAAACAGUCAGCUUACUAACAGACAGUUUACUGGACGUCUUUCUGGCAGACACAGUCAAUCAGCUACAGCAAAUCAAAAAGGCCAGGAAUGAGAAAAUCCAGCUCAGUAAUCAGGAACUUCUUGACGAUGACCAGAAGAAAGUCCCAGCCCAAGGCCUGUCCCCACCUCUCGAGGAGCGGUCACCAGGUGUUCCAGGUUGCUUCCUAAGGUCUGAAUUGGAUGAUGAAAAGGAAGAGAUUUCCUCACCGGAUAUGUGCCCCAGACCUGAGAGUCCAGUAUUUGGCGCCAGUGGGCAGGAAGAGCUUGCUAAGAGACUUGCUGAACUUGAGAUCAGCCGGGAGUUCCUGAGUGUGUUAGGAGAUGAUCAAGACUGGUUUGAAGAAGAUUUUGGUUUGAGUUCUUCUCACAAGAUCCAAAAAAAUAAGGCAGAAGAAACCAUUGUGCCUCUCAUGGCAGAACCAAAAAGAGCUCCCCAAAAGCCGUGUGAAACACUCUUGGCAGUCCCACACACUGCAGAGGAAGUGGAGACCCUCGUACGCAGUGCGGCAGAGGAACUUUGGAAAUGGAAGGAAUUGGGUCAUGAUCUCCAGGGCGUCGGUAUCCCUGCAGAGCUGCUCGGCUGUGGCAGUAAGGGGCUGGACUUAGAGAGCACGAGUAAACGGGUCUACAGACAGGCGGUUUUUGACUUAACGAAAGAGAUUUUUGAGGAAAUAUUUGCUGAGGAUCCCAACCUGAAUCAACCUGUCUGGAUGAAGCCAUGCAGAAUCAACUCGAGUUAUUUCCGACGAGUGAAGAACCCAAACGACCUUGAUGAAAUCAAGAACUUCAUAGCAACUGAAGUACUCAAGUUGUUCAGUCUUAAAAAGGAACCAAACCACAAAACAGAUUGGCAGAAAAUGAUGAAAUUUGGAAGAAAGAAAAGAGACCGAGUGGAUCAUAUCCUGGUACAGGAGCUCCACGAAGAGGAGGCGCAGUGGGUGAACUAUGACGAGGAUGAGUUGUGUGUGAAGAUGCAGCUGGCUGACGGGAUCUUUGAGACCUUGAUCAGAGAUACUAUCGAUGUUCUGAAUCAGAUCAGUGAAAAGCAGGGGAGAGUCCUACUUGUGUGACAUCUUGCAAAUAAACCGAACACUGAGUGCUAAUACGAGUCCUGGGCCUUUCUGCCCCCGAUACACACCCCAUCUCCAUCAUAGCAAGAGUGCUUCCGGACCUGGUGCCUGCUCUCAGAGACUGCUGGUGUGGAGUCCGUGGGACAGUGCGGUACGUCUGGUACUGCAGCCUCUGCCUCAGAGACUGUCCGCUGGAUCGAUCGUUGGGCGGCACACACCUGGUGUUGACACACAGCCCGGUUCUGCACCUCUUGUUAGCACCCCGACUGGGUCUGCGGUGAGGGCUGCCAGCACCAGACUUACCUCGUAGCUUAGACUAGGGCGUCACGGUCUUGAGCUGAAGUCAGGCAGGAGAGGUGUAGAGAUAAAUGCAUCGUACCAUUUUUGACACGUAAUCCUGGUCUGUGAUAGUCUCUAAACAGUGUUACACCCUUAACCACUUCUGAAUAGGCAAGUUUAGUCAUGAGUGCCUAUUUCAUAGUCCGGAGUUCGUUUCGCUUCUUUCUGAAGGCCAUUCUCUUCCAUUACUGUAGCCGAGCAGCAACAAGCGGACUGUCAAGUUAGCAGACAUCAAAGAUAGCCUUGCUUUCUGAGCACCAUCGAAAGAAUUAUAAACCUUUGCAUUGUUUUUAGUUUUCUCUAUCUGGGCAUGAAAACAAAGCAAUGCCCUCACUGAAGACCGAGCUCAGAGGACCGAUGCCGGGCUGGCUUUUCUGCCCUGCGUCUGCCCCGCACUUUCUUGCUCUCCUGAACCUCUGCCAGCUGCUCCCGGAGCCCCAGGCCCUCAGGACCGUCUCAGGCGUCCAGGCAUGGCAAAGGUGGACACCAUUCAUUUUGGCCUUCCAACUUGCAGCUCCCAUCCCUCCCCGAGAAAUCAGAGACGCUGUUACUUGAAUGAUUUGGGCAAUGAGUGUGUGCACCAAAGACAAAAAGAUAUUGUCUGUUGUUUGUGUGCUUGUUUUGUGCUAUGGAACAUUUUUUAAUUUAUUUUAAGAUAAAUUAUUAAGUUGAAAAUGUGUGUCCCUAUUCACAAGUGAAAGAAUCUUCUUAGAGUAGUUCCACUUCCGUCUUGAAGCUUCUCUGGUUCAUAGUCUUUGCACAGGAAACCUGCAGUUUUAACAAACCCAUGCACCGUGGAAAGAAGAUGGGCUUUUCCAGGACCACCUGCGGUAGCAGGAACGGGAUAAGAUGAUUUAAAGACACUGUAGAAUUCAGCUCUGCCUCUCUUGCAGCGUUGCUCCUCACAACUAUUACCUUGUCCUGAAAACCUGUCCAGGCUCCAGCUGCUACACUAGAGCAUGUGCAAUGAUGCUCUCCCGAGACCUCAGUGCCCUGCCUUCCCGACUGGUUCCUCUUAAUCAGUGUGUCCUUCUUCAAGUAUCUAGAAGAAUGUGGAUAAUCUUAGGCGUGAAUGUAAAUGCCUUAAUAUGGAAGGUCCUGAUUAGAAGCAUGAUAUAAGGCAUCCACCGGAUUCCUAUUUACAAGUAUCCUGGAACGUUACUGCUUCAAAAUAUGUUAGAAAAAACCCAAAGAUGGUACAAUCUUUGUGUGCACAUUCGUUCCUUUCUGCAUCUUUCCUCCAAACUUGCCUUUGCAUCUCAAAUGCUUCACUAUGCACACUUCCAUUCCUCUUUGGUUUCAUCCUGUCAUUAUGAGAAACUUAAUGAAAUAACAUUGGAAUAUUUGCAUUUUGCACAAUGACUGGUAUGAUAGCUCUUGACAAAUAAGGAAAGCACUGAAACGUGGUCGGUUCUUGGGAAAUGCUCGGAUCGAUGCAUUGCCAGCAUUUCUUCUGGGCGUUGCAUGUUGGGCCGUAGUCUCGUAGCCAUAAUGAGCGAAUCGACUUAAGAGAAGCUGGGUACUUGGGGUCAUUAACCAGUAGUGUGGGGAUCCUAUUUUCAUGUGGCCAAGGAGAAGCGAGGGCUUUUCUUUGCAGCUCGUGUCAUUUGGAAGACAGCAGGCCACCUUGUCUGCAUCCUCUGCUGCUCGCGGGAUAACAGCUGUCCUUAUGACACUGACACUUUUCAGCUGCUGUAAAUUUUUUAUAAAGGAAUAUAAAAAAAUGUAAUAGGAACAUAGGUGGUUUUUCUACAUCCUCAUUAUUUGGACCUAAAUCAAUUUUUAACAAAAAAUUUUAUCUUUAUUCUUUCUGACAUUGCGAUUUCAGAAGAGGAAGAAAUGCUGGGAGCCGGUUGAAGGAGCCGACCGGGCUCACGCCCCCGGCGGGAGUGCCGUGCCACUGAGCGCGCGGCGGUCCAGUUCCGGCGUGCACCGGCACCUUGGCGUUCUGGGUGCCACGCGAGAGAUGGGGGCUGGUCAGUCUUACUCCUUGCUAGAAGUAAUUACCCAUAGUUAGGCAGCAGAAAACAAAGGAACCUGUGAUUAGCAGGUUUCUUCUUAUCUUAACUCUCUGUUUAUAAUUGGAAGGGGUUUAGUGUUAGGGUUGAAAUGAUGAAUGCGGACACCCGGCCACUUGUUCCUUCCUGGGAUCUUUUUAAUCGUCUGCCUCGAACCACGAAUCUAAGCACCCCCUCUUUGUAAUCUGUUCCUUCGCCCCACACCCCAUCCUCUUUCACUCUCUCCAUAAUUCCUCUGAGAAAAAGAUCUUUGCAUCAGCAGUAAUCUCUUUUAAAAUAGCACUCAGAAUUUAGUAGUAAACCAACAUACAGGCUUCAGAUUAUUUCUGAGUCCAAUACAGUUUGUGCUGUCCAGGGUGCUUAACUCUGGGUUAAAUAAGUACAGGGUAGAUUCCCUCUUCAGGUCUAAACAGGAAUUUUUACUCUAGGGAAAAGCGCGAAGAGCUCAACAGUAGUUAACAGGGAAGGUGAUUUGUUUUUCUUUUACCUAAAAGAAAAGAAGAUUCCUUCUGUGACUACAGGUCUCUGAGAAAUUAUCUUUCAGAAGAGAUUUCAUUGCUCAUAAGAGUGUUGUGGCCUAUUGAUAAAAACAAUUUUGUUCACUUUCUUGUCUUGAAAAAAAAGUGGCCUUAGCUUUUUGCAAUACUUGAAUAAAGUGUGUACUCGCACAGCAUUAGAGACUCGUAACUUUUCUGCAAGAAGUUCAAACUUACAUCUUCUUUUACUACCUUAAGAAUACUAGUGAAUAAAACAUUAAUUCAAAGAGCAAAUGAUAGAAACUACAAUGAUGUUUAAUGCAAAUUGUAGGAAUUUACAUGUUUACAAAUCAUCUUAAACUGGUUGUGCAGCAACUCAAUAAAAUAUCUUUGUAUUAUAAAAAUGUGAAGAAAAUGUAAACUGAUGUAAAGGAGGUACUGUCAUUUUAAUUAACCUGAUGUUUAAUAGCUUUUCCUUCCGGACUUUGCAAAGCCUUCUCGGGAAACACAUUGCAAAGCAUUCUCUGGGAGGCCUGGCCUCCGUGUGUGUACUGUAUCGUGCAGACAUGAAAAACAAACCCGUUUACUGUGUAUGUGUAAAUAGCCUGGUCAUCAGGCCGUUUUCAGCCAAUAGUCACAUCCCGUGCAGCUUUGCACAGAAGACUUAGGGUGUGGUUUGUAAGUAUGAUCUGUAAAAUAACUGGGAUGAGUUCCCAUGUACACCUGUGUAAAUAGAUUUGUUAACUGAAAUGUACUUUAAGAAAAGAUAAAAAUCUGUAAAUAAACUGAUUUAUAAGUUAA